UUCUAUGUGUUUUUGUUGGCCCCCUUUCUUAUCCAACAACGCAACACAGCUUGCACGUGGCAAUCAAUGCGCAAAAAACAUGACAUAACCAUCGCAUCGAAACAAAGAAAAGGUAAAUGCGCGCGUGUGUGUCUGAGGUUCGUUCGCAGAGCACGUGGCGCGCCGCUGCCCCUUCCUCAUCCCUUCAUCCCACUCAACCCCGACUCAAACGGUCUUUAGCACUCGGACAGAGAGACACACAGACAUAGUCACACAUACGAAUACGAGACACAAAUCUCCCCAUUGCAUGCAUGCACGCACGCACGCCUGGCCUUUCUUUCGUAAAGCCCACGGGGACGGAACACUGUUCGUGCUUGCUUACCUAGACCAAGUAAGCCGGGGGGGGGAAUCGAACCGUUUGUUGCGUUUUCGCAAUACAUUUUUCUCUCUCUUCUUUCCAAGACAACAAAAUCUGUCGUCGUACAUUAAACCAUCUUUAGCUAAACUACCCAUUGUAUAAGUGGGAACUAAGCAAAGGGAAACGAACAAGGGAAGGGGGGGUAGCUUUAGUUUCGAAUUGCACUUUACUACUCAAUCUUUCACCGCUGCUGGCUAGACGACCUCAAUUCAGCAAAGAGAACGUUGAAUGGCAAAUAGUCCCUCUUCCUCUUCCUCUCGAAAUGAUUUCUUGUAUUGCUGGUUUUUUUUCUCUUUCUUCUCGUGUAGUACAACAACGCAGGCCAGUUAGUUAUCUAUUUCUACCCAUAGAUAAUUUCCUAACUGCCGUAGCGCGAACUCUUGCGGAGACCCACCCGCGUACCGUACCGGGCUAGUUGAUUGGUUGGAGCGAGUCAUCCAGUGUCUAUAGCUCUCUCUCUCUCUUUCUCUCUUCUCUGUCCGUUCUCUCACAAUAAGAAAUCGCAGCGAUCCAGCAGUAAGUAGGUCGCCUAAAUAAAGCUGUAGACACAUACGCGCGCGCACGCGUCUCGAAUUGCUGCUGCUACUGCCUCUUAUUCCAAAGAUAAUCAAAGAUAACUUCACGCUUUGCGGUUUUCUCUCUCUCUGUGUGUGUGUGCAACCUGCUGAUCAAAUGUCUCUCUUUCUCUCCCGCCCCGUCUUUCUUUCUAUUAGAGAUAGAAUGCCAAAACACAAAUCUCUCUCUUUCUGAGCUAUUUUUAGGGGUGGUUUAUCAUGUGUAAAGACGAGAAGGAGGCGUUCGGCGUUGUUGCCCUGUUCCACUCUCUCUCUCUCUCUCUCUUCUUUCUUCCUUUUCGCGUACUUAGUCUUGAGACAGUGGGCGCGCGGUGGAACUGGGCUGGGCUGGGCUAGACUGGCUGGCUGACUUGGUUUUUGGUGGCGUGGCUUGCAUUCAGCGUCGGUUCGUCUAAUCAGUGCG